GCGGCAGGGAGUAGAGGCCGGGGCGGAGGGUGAGGACGGAGGGCGCUGGCGGCGGCGGCCGCAGAAGAUGAGCAGCAGCUGCUCAGGGCUGAGCAGGGUCCUGGUGGCCGUGGCUACAGCCCUGGUGUCUGCCUCCUGUCCCUGCCCCCAGGCCUGGGGCCCCCCAGGGGUCCAGUAUGGGCAGCCUGGCAGGGCCAUGACGCUGUGUUGCCCUGGAGUGACUGCUGGGGCCCCGGUGUCCUGGUUUCGGGACGGGGAGACAAGGCUGCUCCAGGGACCUGACUCUGAUCUAGGGCACGAACUGGUCCUGGCCCGGGCAGAAAGCACUGACGAGGGCACCUAUAUCUGCCGGACCCUGGAUGGUGCACUUGGGGGCAUGGUGACCCUGCAGCUGGGCUACCCCCCAGUCCGCCCUGUUGUCUCCUGCCAAGCAGCUGACUAUGAGAACUUCUCCUGCACUUGGAGUCCCAGCCAGGUUAGCGGUUUACCCACCCGCUACCUCACCUCCUACAGGAAGAAGACAGUACCAGGAGCCGAUGGCCAAAGGAUGAGUCCAUCCACAGGGCCCUGGCCAUGCCCACAGGACCCCCCAGGGGCUGCCCGCUGUGUGGUCCAUGGGGCAGAGUUCUGGAGCCAGUACCGGAUCAAUGUGACUGAAGUGAACCCCCUGGGGGCCAGCACACGCCUGCUGGAUGUGAGCUUGCAGAGCAUCUUGCGCCCUGACCCACCCCAGGGGCUGCGGGUAGAGUCGGUACCUGGCUAUCCUCGCCGCCUGCGUGCCAGCUGGACGUACCCUGCCUCCUGGCCCCGCCAGCCCCACUUCCUGCUCAAGUUCCGGCUGCAGUACCGUCCAGCACAGCAUCCAGCCUGGUCCACGGUGGAACCGGCUGGAUUGGAGGAGGUGAUCACGGACGCUGUGGCUGGGCUGCCCCAUGCCGUGCGGGUCAGUGCCCGGGACUUUCUGGACGCAGGCACCUGGAGCGCCUGGAGCCCCGAGGCCUGGGGUACUCCGAGCACCGGACCCCUACCGAAGGAGAUACCAGCUGGGGGCCAGCAACACGCGCAGCCAGAGGAAGAACCUCAGGCGGUUAGCCCUGCUCCCCCAAGACCGUCCCUCCUACCAGACCCGCGGCCACUUGACCACAGAGACGCCCUGGAGCAGGUGGCUAUGCUGGCAUCUUUGGGAAUAUUCUCUUUCUUGGGACUGGUGGCUGGGGCCCUGGCACUGGGGCUCUGGCUGAGGUUGAGACCAUGUGAGAAGGAUGGACCCCAAAAGUCUGGGUUCUUGGCCCCGAUGAUUCCGGUGGACAAGCUUCCAGGAGUCCCAAACCUGUAGAGGAUCUUGGAAGGCUUCAGCUGAUUCCACCUAUAACUCUGUCUUGCUGGUGUGGAUGGACAGACAGGUGGAACCCAGGCAGGACAGUAGAUCCCCACGGAGUGGGGUUCUCAGCUGGAAAUUCUGUUUGGAGCUCAUUUCUAUGAGACUCUGUGUUCCCAACUUGCCAGCUGAAAGGUGCCUGGACCUCUGGCUUCAUCUCAGAGUUGGCAGCCCACCUGAGGAAUGUGUGUAGAUGUGUAUGUCUGUGUCCAUGUGUGUCCACGUGUAUGUGAGGCAGGGAACAUGUGUUCUCUGCAUGUAUGUAUAUAGGUACCUGGGGAGUGUGUGUGGGUCCUUGGCUCUCGGCCUUGCCCCUGGCGGGGGUUGUGAAGGUGUGAAUAAAGAGAAUGAGGAGGUUCUUCUGU